AACGGCUAUGGAAAGAACUAUAUUGGUUGCUGCUGAGUCAGAGUUGGACAAAAAAAACUAUCAAGUUAUCCAAACGAAUUCAUGGAUCACAAUGUUGGUGAUCUGAUUGUGAAAACAUGGGAACAUAAGGUGGCACAAGCUGGGAAGAUUUUACGACGAGUAUCCCUCGUACAUUAUCCAGAGCCUCGUGAAUUGAAACAAGCUAGUUCCAGCAAACAUAUGAAUCACAAGUCUUCUAGCAUUUCAAUGGCCAAUUCUUCCCAUCAUGUUGGAAUACCUGCACAAAGUAGUCGGUCAAGAAACUCUGGAACUGCAAGUGGACGUGCAACCUCCAGUCGUAGUAGCAGACAGAAAAAUUCUUUAUCAGAUCUUGAAGAACAGAUCAGCCAAUCACAAACUCCAAAGAGAAGGCAUGCGCCUGAAUCCAGUACGUCUAUCUAUUGAUCAGUCUGCUCAAAACUCAGGCUGAGGUCAUAGUGCUAUUACUCGUUCGGGAUCAUCACAGCCUUCUCAUCAAGGGAAAUCAAAGAAGAGAAAACAAAAUGAGGAUUAAGGUGCCUUUCUUCAUCACUCUUGUUCUUUUAUACUUUUUAGAAGAAAUUUUUGGUAGUGAAUGAAGUAAAUGCGCUAUAAUUAUUUUUGGCUAGGUAUCUUUUGAAGCACUAUUACUACACUUGGUGAUUAUUGCAUCUGUGGUUUAAGCUUCACAAGUCUAAAUAUUUUUGUUGCUCCAUAAUCUACGUUGGGAUACUUUAUAAAGCUAUUCUCUAAUCAACCUAUGCUCACUUUCUUUCUUUCUUUCUUUCUUAUUUCUUUAUUCAUUAAAAGAAAUAUUAUGUUUAAGCAUAAUGCUUAUAAUAUUAGUAUAUUACCAGAACAAUAGUUUUUUUUUUUUUAUCACUUAGACAGGAACCUCCUUUCUACACCUACAUGUACUAAAAUUAAAGUUUGUAUUCAGUGUCAUCUUCACCUCCCUCUUUUGGUAA